AUGAAUGAUGCAACAAUUAACACCCUAGGAUGGAAAGCUGAUAAGCCUUCUGACUUUGCUAUAAAGAGUAAUUCCAAACAUAUAUCUGAAUCAUUAGGAUGGUAUACAGAUGUGCCAAUUAGUGUAAAGGACAAAGAUGGUAAGAUUGUUAUGUCUACUGGAAAUUUUGCUCAUAUUAAUAAUGAUGAACCUGAACCAAUGUUAUGUUUAGGUAUGACAUGGAUUCGAAAAGUUCAAGCUAUUCUUGAUCCAAAUAAAAAUCAAUUUCAAAUGAAAUUACAUGAUAAAGACAAUAAGCAUAUACAAUGUGAUCUAAAACAAUCUAAUAAUGAUAAAGAGAAACUCUCCAAGCAUACCUACCAGCUUAUAAAUAAGGUUAAGCGAUUGAGCUCAGAGUUAGAUAGUCUAAUAUCUCAAAUUACCCGCAAAGAUAUUUCUCUUAAUGAAUCUAAAAUUAAAAUAAAAGAUCUUCAGUCUAAGAUAAAAAUAUUGGAAAUGAAACUAUCUUCAACUCAGAAUGAAUUAAAAGAAAUUACAGCACUACGGUCUAUGAAAAAAAUAUUAGAAGAUAAGUUAGAAUCAGCUCAAAAAGAUGCAUUCUCAACUCAGAAAGAAAUACUAAAAAAAGAAUUCAAGAUUAUAUCUCUCAAGUCUGAAUUAACAAAUACAAAGAAUGAAUUAGUGAAUACAAAAAAUGAAUUAGCCUCAAAAAUUAAUAAGAUUGAGUGUUUAGGUGCUUUGUGCUCUGUUUUACAGAAAACAAAGGAUAUAUUAGAUCCUGUAAAGUCAAAGACUCAUUGCUCUGCAAUAGUUAAGGGAGGUGAAGAAAAAAAUAUGCAAAGCGAGGAACAAAGUUUCAUAUCGAAUUCUAGAGAUACAUCUGAAUCUAGACCUGAAGGGUCAUUGCUUUGCAGGCCCUUUAAGGGCGACUCUUCAAGUCAUAAAAGUCUUGCAAAAUAUUUUAAAAAUAAAACAUUACCAAUUAUCACAAAUAAUCAGAAUUCAGAGUCAUUGAUUCAAGAUAUUACAAAUAACCAGAAUCCGGAAUCAUUGAUUCAAGAUAUUACAAUAAAAGAGACAGUAUGUGCUGGCGAGGCUUUAGUUAAUGAUAAGAAUAUUUUUCAUCCACUCCCGCCUUCUUGUUCUUUGAACUCAAAGCCAAAUUAUAGCCACCGUAUGACUGCCUCUGACAAUUUGUUUUCUGGAAUAUAUUCACAGAGUGAGGACACUAAUGUGCCUAAACUGACCAUGAACGAACAAAGUGAAGAAGCAGUGCUUCGAGUUCCCAACUCAUCUGAUAUACAAAAAAAUCAAAAGAAAGAACUAUUGCAGAACAAGCCCGAAGGUAAAGUAUUUAUUGGUAUGAAUAGUAAAGGUAAGACAAAUAUAGUUGGAAAUCUUGUUCUGGAAAAUAAAGCUGAAAAUAUAUACAAAGCAUUUGUUAGAUAUAUGUAUGGAGUAAUUGCAGGUAAUCCUAAAGCAUCUUACUAUGAAAAUAUAAGAUUUAAAUAUAUCUCACCUGAAAAAAUUCUUAGUGUAAAAUCAUUUUCUCCAAAGAGGAGUACUGUAAUUAUUUUUGAGGGUUUAUGUAAUGCAUCAAUGGUUAUUAAUAGUUACCUUCGAAAAAAUGAAUUUAUUGUAUUUGAUCUUACUAGGUCAGAAGAUAAUCUAUUAGCAAUUCGUUUAAGAUUCGAUACUCCACUGGAUUUGCAGAAAGAGAUAGAGUUACGUCAAAAGCACAAGAUAAAAAAUGCAUUGCCAGCUGAGCCCAUGAAUUUUGAACCCAAAAAAACUGAAAAAUCAGACACGUAA